AUGUCCUUGUUCGAGGCGGGUUUGACUAUGAGGGCGACGCCGUGGUCAGUCCUGCAGAGCUUGAGCCAUGCGACGAGACCCGCAACACGUUUGCCAAUAGCUCUGUGGAAACGGACGUUUUCCUCGUCAGCAUGUCUGCAACUGCGCACGAGUGAGCUGGCGGACACCAGCCUCAAGAGCAUAAAAGUGGACCCGGAUAGACUCUGGGACACGAUCCAUUCCACGGCGAAAUGGACGGAGCCGAAAAGCUCCCCUUCGAUCAAAGAGGACAUCAGAACGGCCGGCCUCUCGCGACUGACUUUGGGCAAAGAGGACAGACAAGCCAGAGACUGGUUCGUACAGACGACCGAGUCUCUAGGGUGCAAGACAUACGUCGAUCAAAUCGGCAACAUCUUCGCCAUUCGGCCAGGACUAAACAGUGACGACAACGGUCGUGUUCCGGCCACAUUUGCGGGAAGUCACCUCGACUCUCAGCCCAGCGGGGGCCGGUUUGAUGGAGUGCUGGGUGUCGCCGCGGGGGUCGAGAUGUUGAGAGUUCUCAACGACAAUUGGAUCGAGACUGAGGGCCCUGUGGGCGUGGUCAAUUGGACGAACGAAGAAGGGGCCAAAUAUCCCAUCAGCAUGAUGGGCAGCGGAGUCUGGGCUGGUCGCGUAUCCUUGGAAGAUGCAUGGAACUUGAAAAGCGUCCAUCCCGUCUCGGAAGUGACUACAGUCAAACAGGAGCUGGAAAGCAUAGGGUACUUGGGCAGCAUACCGGCCAGUCACAAGAACGGUGUUCGGAUAGGUGCGCAUUUCGAGCUUCACCUCGAACAAGGGCCCAAGCUGGAGGUCGCACGACAAGCAAUCGGUGUGGUGGAGGGUGUUCAGGCCUACAAAUGGUUCACGGUGACGAUCAAAGGACGAGAAUCCCAUGCUGGGACGACGGAUUUUGCCAAUCGCGCGGAUGCUUUGUACUCGGCAGCAACGUUCAUCACUAUGGUGAGAGAGGUGGCUCGGUCGCUCGGCGGCCUUGCUUCUGUCGGAAUGCUCGCCGUGUCUCCCAGCAGUGUAAAUACUGUGCCUGGCGAGGUCCGGUUGAGUCUCGAUAUCCGGCAUCCUUCAGACAAGGCUCUAAAUGAGAUGCUAAAGACGAUCCAAGGCAUUUGUCGGCAGAUAGAGUCCAACGCCGAAAACACCUCCGGUGGAAGAACCCACCUCACAAGGAUCACCAUCGACAUGAAGGAAGACUUUGCCAGCAACGCCGUCAAAUUCAGCCCCGAAGCCAUCCGAUGCGUGGAGCAAUCUGCCACGGAUUUGCUGGGCGAGGCAACGAAAUUCCAGAGAAUGACCAGUGGUGCUGGCCAUGAUAGUGUCUGUACCAGCAUGCAUUGCCCUACAGCCAUGAUAUUCAUUCCGUGUAAGGAUGGAAUCAGCCACAACCCAAGCGAGUGGUGCGAGAAGGAAGAUUGUGCCAUCGGUGCCAACGUUCUGUUGCAUUCGGUCUUGAGGAUGGACAGGCUGCGGAAGGAAAGGGGCGAGUUCGAAUAG